AUGGCACCCUCUCGGACUGUGGCGCCAGAGUCGAAUCCGCCGUCUCAGGCGGACACUCCCAUGACGGAUGCAAACGCGGAGCCAGCGACCAGCAUCCCGGUUGAUGCGGCAGAUACGUCCAUGGCGGAUUACCAAGAUACCCCAGACUAUACGGACUCCGAGACGAAUCCAAACACUACAACAAGCAGCAUUGCAGGCGAUGUGGUGCACGCUGACGGGCGUAAAAAGAGAUCAGAGGCCUCCCAGCUGCGGAAGAGCGUGCUGGGCAAGAAGCACGGGCGGCUUGAUGAGUCCAAGGAAGAUGAUUCGAUUAGAAGAUUCCGUUAUCUCCUUGGCUUGACAGAUCUGUUCCGGCAUUUCAUUGAGACGAACCCCAAUCCCCGGAUCAAAGAGAUCUUGGCUGAGAUCGAUCGACAGAAUGCGGAGGAAGCGGCCAAAGGCAAAGGUGCCUCGCGCAAAGGAGGUGCCAGUGGGGAGCGGCGCCGCCGAACAGAGAAGGAAGAAGAUGCGGAACUGUUGAAUGACGAGAAGCUGGGCGGCGAAACGACGACGGUCUUCCGCGAGUCGCCCUCUUUCAUCAAUGGAGAGAUGCGUGACUACCAGAUUGCGGGUCUCAAUUGGCUCGUUUCGCUCCACGAGAACGGUAUUUCUGGUAUUCUUGCUGAUGAGAUGGGUCUCGGGAAGACCCUUCAGACGAUCUCCUUCCUGGGUUACCUGCGACAUAUAUGUGGAAUCACCGGACCGCACCUGAUCGGUGUUCCGAAGUCCACGCUCGACAACUGGAAACGCGAGUUUGAGAAAUGGACGCCCGAUGUUAACGUCCUGGUCUUGCAGGGUAGCAAGGAAGAACGCCAACAGUUGAUCAAUGAGAGGCUCGUCGACGAGAACUUCGAUGUCUGCAUUACAAGUUACGAGAUGAUUCUGCGAGAGAAAUCGCAUCUUAAGAAGUUCGCGUGGGAGUAUAUCAUCAUCGACGAAGCCCAUCGUAUCAAGAACGAGGAGUCAUCCUUAGCUCAGAUCAUCCGGCUCUUCCACUCUCGGAAUCGUCUGCUGAUCACUGGCACUCCGCUUCAGAACAACCUUCACGAAUUGUGGGCCCUACUGAACUUCCUUCUCCCAGACGUCUUCGGUGAUUCGGAGGCCUUCGACCAGUGGUUCUCGAGCCAGGAUGCGGACCAGGAUACGGUUGUGCAGCAGCUGCACCGCGUGCUGCGACCGUUCCUGCUGCGUCGGGUCAAGAGUGAUGUUGAGAAAAGCUUGCCACCGAAGAAAGAAGUCAACCUUUACAAAAUCCUCGAAAAGGAUAUCGAUGCCGUUAAUGGCGCUGCUGGAAAACGGGAGUCGAAGACCCGUCUGUUGAAUAUUGUGAUGCAACUUCGCAAGUGUUGCAACCACCCAUACCUUUUCGAAGGUGCUGAGCCGGGGCCUCCUUAUACCACCGAUGAGCACCUCAUCAACAACGCUGGCAAGAUGGUCGUUCUCGAUAAACUGCUGAAUCGCAUGAAGAGACAGGGGAGUCGCGUCCUCAUCUUCUCUCAGAUGAGCCGUGUCCUCGAUAUCCUUGAGGACUACUGCGUCUUCCGAGAUCAUAAAUAUUGUCGCAUCGACGGGUCGACGGCCCAUGAAGAUCGGAUCGCUGCGAUUGAUGAAUACAACAGGCCGGGCUCUGAUAAGUUCAUCUUUCUGCUGACUACCCGUGCGGGUGGUCUGGGUAUCAACCUCACUACAGCGGACGUCGUAGUGCUCUAUGACAGCGACUGGAAUCCGCAGGCAGAUCUGCAAGCCAUGGACCGUGCCCAUCGUAUCGGCCAGACCAAGCAGGUGCAUGUUUUCCGGUUCGUUACGGAGAAUGCCAUCGAAGAAAAGGUGUUGGAGCGUGCAGCCCAAAAGCUGCGUCUUGAUCAACUCGUCAUCCAGCAGGGACGCGCCCAACAGCAGACCAAGAAUGCUGCGUCCAAGGAGGAGUUGCUGGGAAUGAUUCAGCACGGUGCUGCAGAUGUCUUCAAGACAAAAGGCCCUAUGGGGACAUUUGCCGGGGGCAACGAGAUGUCCGAAGAUGAUAUCGAUGAGAUCUUGCGAAGGGGCGAAGAGCGUACGGCCGAACUCAACAAGAAAUACGAGAAGUUGGGAAUCGACGAUCUUCAGAAGUUCACAUCCGAUAAUGCCUACGAGUGGAAUGGGGAAGAUUUCACCAAUCGCAAGAAGGACAUUGGUCUCAACUGGAUCAAUCCUGCCAAACGGGAGCGCAAAGAACAAUUCUAUUCCAUCGACAAAUACUAUCGACAGGCGCUCGCUACUGGGGGCCGGACUGCUGAGUCCAAGCCCAAGAUGCCCCGCCCCCCGAAACAGGUUACGAUUCAUGACUGGCAAUUCUAUCCGCCCGGUCUACAGGAUUUGCAGGAGAAGGAGACGGCCUGGUUCCACAAAGAAAUUGGCUACAAAGCUGUCCUUCCGGACGGUCCCGAGGAAGAUCUGAGCGAACGGGAGGCGGAGCGCGAGCUGGAGCAGCGGGAAAUCGACAAUGCGGUUCCUCUGACGGAGGAGGAACAGGCGGAGAAGGCUCGAAUGGCGGAGGAGGGGUUCUCCAACUGGAACCGACGAGAUUUCCAGCAGUUCAUCAACGGAUCUGCCAAGUUCGGCCGACACGACUACGAGGGGAUUGCGACGGAGGUGGACAGCAAAACGCCCGAGGAGGUCAAGGAAUAUGCCAAGGUGUUCUGGAAGCGGUACACUGAGAUCCAGGACUACCCCAAGUACAUCCGCGUGAUUGAGCAGGGAGAGGAAAAGUUGCGGAAGAUGAAUCACCAGCGCAAGAUGCUUCGCAAGAAGAUGGAGAUGUACCGCGUCCCCUUGCAACAGCUCAAGAUCAACUACACGGUGUCCACCACCAACAAGAAAGUGUACACGGAAGAAGAAGAUCGAUUCUUGCUGGUGAUGCUAGACCGGUACGGCGUCGAUGGCGAGGGGCUGUACGAGAAGAUUCGGGAUGAGAUUCGUGAGAGCCCCUUGUUCCGGUUCGACUGGUUCUUCCUCAGCCGCACGCCCGCCGAGAUUGGUCGUCGGUGCAACACGCUGUUGAACACGAUCGCCCGCGAAUUCGAGGCAUCCGAGGGCAAAGCGAACGGUGACAGUGGCAAGGGUCGUGUACGUGAACGGGAGGAGGAAGAUGGGGAGGACGAGGAAGUGGAGGCGCCAGCGAAGAAGAAGUCUAAAAACGGAGUAGUGAACAAGAAGGUCAAGGCCGUCAAGGGGUCCAAAGGCACGUCGGCAUCGGCAUCCCGAGCAGCCAGCGUCUCCUCGAAUGCAACGGCCUCCAAGGGCAAGGGAAGAAAGAAAUAA